AAACUUGUUUUUAAACCAUUUUGGGAAUAUCUUCUUUGCAGAUGCAUUGGAAAGCUGUUUUAGUGCUCGCAGUACAUUUUGAAAUGCUCAGUAAGAGCAUUACAGAAAUGCAGUCAUUACUUGCAAAUGUUUCAUUGGAACAGUCCUGUUGUUUUCUCAUCUCAGUGCAGUACAAUUCAAGUCACCUUUAAAAGAACCUCACAGUUAAACAUUACAGUUUAUUAGACAGAACAGAGCAAGAGACAGAAGGAGCUUGUGAUGGGUGACAGGCUUUUAGGAUGAAAGCUGAAGGCUGGAAGAUGAUGAGCAAAGGUGAAGAGCAAGUGGUGGCAGAAGUAGGACCUGGCAAUCACAUCAGUUCCCUAUUCUUUAGAAGACCCCUACUGAAAGGAUCCAGAAUGCAUGAUUAGAAAAUAGACCUAUGAGCUCCGCUUUUGAUAACAUUAAGAAGCCAGACAGAGAUCAGAACUCAAUGGAUUUGCAGAGCUGGUCAAGGAAGUAGCCAGAAAAAUCAAAAUCACAAUUCUUUGUAAUGAAUUGCAUUACAUAUUAGAAAUGUCAUCAUAUCUUUUGGUUUAGCAGUGUAGGUAAGCUUAUUUGUGACACGUGGUAUUUGUGAUUAAGAAAAUUACAUCAAGAGAAAAAACAGCAGUUGUUGGACAGACCAGACGGAUUUGGAAUGGGUCAGCUAUGUGGACGGUGCAUGCAGCUCCUGCGGGACUUCACAGGCUUUGUUCAGAGGAUGUCCUCUGACUUGGUGCAAGGCAUCAAGGAAUGCUUAACUCUGAUAAGCAAAUGCUCCUGCUUAAAACAAAACAGCUCUAAAAACAGACAGCUGUACAAGCCCAUCCUACAGCCUCAUGAGAGAGUGACAGCACAGGAGUUUCUGCAGCAUAUUGAAACAGAUUUUGAAAUGUCUCCACUGGGAAAGGACCCUCUGGAAGCCUUGAGGACCUUAUCCUUUUCAGAAAACCUAGGUUUACAGCAGUCGGCUGCCCUCUAUUACUUGCAUAUGAGUCAGCACAUGAACAUCCCACUCCCUGUGGAGCAUUUGGAACCCUUCUAUGCCUUACUACGUUCUGCUGACCUGGAGGUGCAGCAGAUGUCUUCCUUGUCCCUUGUCAACUUCCUGCUGGAAGGAAAUAUUGACAAAGAAUUAAUUGUCCAAAUGGGUUUACUUGAGCCAAUUCUGGAUCUGCUUGAAUCAGAGGAUCCCACUGUCCAGUGUAAUUCCUGUGCUUGCAUCAUGACUUUGGCAGUUUCAGAGUCCAACCGAGAGGCUAUUGGUGCUGCUAGAGGAGUUACACCCCUACUGUCUCUUGCCAAUUCCUAUGAUCCCAGAGUCCAACAAAACGCAGUUGGUGCUAUUCUGAACCUCACACAAUCAGAGAAAAUCCAACAAGUCCUAUGCAAGGAGGGAGCCCUACCAGUUCUUGCCUUUCUGCUGGAAUCUCCUGACUCAGAAGUCCAGUAUUACAGCUGCGCUGCCCUGAGCAACAUGGCAGCCAAUGUUCAGCACCACAAAGCCUUGCUGAGACCCAGUGACAGAUUCCUGCUGAGGAAACUGAUCUGUCUCCUAUCCUCUUCUGUGGACAAGCAGGUUUCAAGCCAGGCAUGUGUUUGCCUAAGAAAUUUGGCUACCAGUGUGGACAUCCAGGCUGAGAUGGUUGCUGAGAAUGUCCUGCCCAAGCUGUGCUCUCUCCUGGCCUCUGGAAGCGAGGACGUGCGUCGUGCCUCCAUUGCUCUGCUCUGGAUACUCUCCCAGCACCCGCCCAACCAGGACACGCUGGCAUGUGCUGAGCUACUGGAGAGCCUGGGGACGUUACUGGCAGCACAUAAAACAGACCCUGUGAUUGUUGGACAUACUGCUUGCAUCAUCAAAAACCUGAGCCUUUCCAAAAACAGACAGAGAAUCACUGAGAGCUGCUGUGUCGAAGGUCUCCUCCAGACCAUGCUUUUGACUGACACUCAGGAAGACUCCCUUCGUUAUGUGACAUCCUGCCUUGCUGAGCUAGCAAAGCAAGAAGGAACCAUGUUACACAUGGUCCAGUGGAUGGAUGAACCUUUGACAAAAUGCUUGAUGAGACUGGCUGGCCAACUCGAACAUCCUGAGCCAUCCUUUCACGCUGCCUCCAUCAUCCAGCACAUGAUCAGUCACGAAAAAAUGAUGCUUUUGUGGAAGCAUCACAUUGGAGAGAUUCAAGCCUACCUCAAGAAUUUUCUUACCCACCAAGAGGUCCGUUUUCAGCAGCUGGGCAUCUCCACAUUCUGCAGACUACGAGCAGAUCCAGACUUUUCAUUAGCAUUCAGAAAAAGCCAAAUGGCCAAACUCCUUGAGCAAGUCCGUCAACAAACAGAAGAAACUCAAGAGCUCCUUAGGGCAGCUAUGUGCCAUGAAGACAGUUAAUAUUUAAGCCAAAUGGCUUAUGAAAACUUACCAGAUGCAAGGGCCUGAACUUUCAGAGGAAGCAACUCUUUUCUUUGGUUCCGGUAAUUUUCCUGCUACUUGCAGUUUCAUCAUAGAAGAGAGAUGUCCCGAUAACAAGAACUGGAGCAGGUCAAAACACAAUUCCUUGCACCCUUUGGCUGGCUGCUUAAGUGUGCUUGAGGACAUGGCUACAUGUUGAAAAACACCCGCUAUGCUUGGUUAAGUUUCCAUGGUUUGAUUUUGGUUUCCUCACCCCCUCUUCAGAGAAACCAGCACUGUAUUAAUGAGGUUUUAUUCAUGCAACAGGCUGAUUCCACUAAUGAGGCAUCUCUCAAGUAUGCAGGUCUGCAUUCAUCUUUAUUCCGUUUCUGUUCCAUGUACUGUAUUUCAGAGCACACUACAAGGACUUUAGAAAAUAAUUUAAUCAACCCAUACUAUAAACACAGAAAACUACAAACAAGUUACUACAGAAAGUAACUGCUGAGGGACAAUUCUCAAGGUCCAAGAAAUUUGUAAGAAACAAGAAUGGGUGAAGCCUUACAGCUGAUCCUUGUCCACGCUAUAGGCACUACUCUCCAGCAGAAGAGCAAAGGCAUGUUAAGGCAAGGAAAUGUUGCACAGAGCAAGUACAGAACACAGCAGGAACCAUGAAUUAUUUGGGUAAAAUGUGUUGAAGUACAGAACUGCAUUCUGCAAAUGUUAAAAUUAUUUCCAAAGCUACUUGCAACAAGGGAUGAGUGAAAAUGUUUGGCAAAAUUAUGAAUUUUUGUUAUAUUUUGAUAUUGAUAGUUCAUUUUAAAUGGAGUUAAAGAACAAUAAAAAGGUAUUAGUGUUUAAAUUAAACUUAUUUUCUUACAUAUGUACUUCCCAUGGGCAGGCAGAUGUUCAGCCAUCUCCAGGAAAACUGGGUUCCAUCAUGUGUAAUGGUUACUUGUAACUUCAAACAUCCCUCCCUUUCCUCUUUAUUCCCCCAGCUUUAUAUGCCCAGUAUGACAGUGUGAGGUUUGGAACAUCUCUAUGGUCAGCUGGGGUCACCUGUCCCAGCCAUCCCCUCCCAACUUCUUAUGCAACCCCAGGCAGGUGGGUUGGUGUGAGAGGCAGACUCUGUGCAAGUGCUGAUGAGCAGUAACUAAAACAUCCCUGUGGUACUAACCUUGUCUUCAGCACAAACACAAACAUGACCCCCUUUGAGCUACUGUGAAGAAAAUGAACUCUACCCCAGUCAAAAGCAGCACACUGUCUUCUGAGGUGCUUCUGGCCAUCUCAUAACUCUCAUGUGCACGUGGAGCUUUAGAGCUGAUACUGGUUACAAACACUGAAUUCAAGUGAGAUUAAAAAAAUAGUUUAAAAAAGUUAUUCUGUCAGUCAAGAGCUCAAUGUUCCAUUUUAAUGUGGCUUAAAUCUCUGAGCCUAAUUUUGGUGCUUGAGGGAGGCAUUUUUGAUAAUGAUUCCUUUUAAUAUCUGCAAGUUCUU